AUGGUAAUUUGGGAGGACUGGCUAAUUCCCUGGCUCCACCCACCGCCCUUUAACACAGCUCCUGCUGCUCUUGCAUAUAUAGAUAGGUAUGGCCCUACACCUGGCUGUGCACACCAGAGCCCGGACACAGAGCAAUCCUAAACUUUCUUCCUCCCUGGCUGACCUCCACCUGCUCCCACCAUGAAGAAGGAAAUACUAACCCUGGCCUUUGCUCGAGCCGUCUUUGUGGAGUUCCUCUCCACGCUCAUCUUCGUCUUCAUUGGGCUGGGCUCGGCGCUGAAGUGGCCAUCGGCCCUGCCCAGCAUCCUUCAGAUCGCGCUGGCCUUCGGGCUGGCCAUCGGCACCUUGGUGCAGGCUUUCGGCCACAUCAGCGGCGCCCACAUCAACCCCGCCGUGACCAUCGCCUUCUUCGUGGGCAACCAGAUCUCCCUGCUCCGCACGCUGCUCUACGUGCUGGCCCAGCUGGUCGGGGCCAUCGCCGGCGCCGGGAUCCUCUACGGUGUCACCCCCGCCAACACCCGCGGCAACCUGGCCAUCAACGCGAUCAACAGCAACGUAACCCCAGGCCAGGCCCUGGUAGUGGAGAUCAUCCUCACCUUCCAGCUGGCCGCCUGCAUCUUCGCAUCCACGGACAACCGGCGCAGCAGCGUCGGCUCCCCCGCGCUGUCCAUCGGCCUCUCGGUCACCGUGGGCCACCUGGUGGGGAUUUACUUCACCGGCUGCUCCAUGAACCCUGCGCGCUCCUUCGGGCCCGCCGUCAUCACCAGGAGGUUCAGCCCCGCGCACUGGGUGUUCUGGGUCGGGCCCAUCCUUGGGGCUUGCUUGGCCUCCCUGCUCUACUUCUACGUCCUGGUGCCCUACUGCAUGAACAUGUCUGACAGGGUGGCCAUCAUCAAGGGCACCUACGAGUCCGAGGAGGAGUGGGAAGAGCAGCGGGAGGAGAGGAAGAAGUCCAUGGAGCUGACCCCGCCGUAA